CUAGGAGCAGGCGCGCGGCAUGCCGGGACAGCGGUCGUUCGGCGCUCGGUUGCUCGCGCCUGCCAGUUGCUAGGAGCCGGGGACGCCGGCCCCGCAGCCGCGGCCUGCGAGCGGCGAUGGAGCCCGGGAAGAGAAGAACGAAAGAUGAUACUUGGAAAGCAGAUGACCUCAGAAAACACCUCUGGGCCGCACACUCAGGUAAUCCCAAGGGAGAUAAGAAGCACAGAGAAAAGAAGCUUCGUAAGGAGUCAGAAGUGGACUUCCCUGAAGACAAAGAGCAAAAGCAUAGGGACCCAGACCGAGACACCAAGCACAGAGAGAGGCCUGCUGAGAGAGACGGUCACGCGUCCAGAGAGAACCCUCGUGGGGACAGAGACCGAGAAAAGCCAAGGGAAAGGAAAAAGGACUCCAGAGACCGGGACAGAGAAAGGCACAAAGAGAAAUACCGAGAGCAGGACGCAGACAAGUCUCACAGUCGAGGAAAAGACAGGGACAAGGACAGAGAGCGCAGAGCGAGGACGGAGGAGCUGAGGCAGACGGCCCAGCACAACCUGCUGGGCUGGCAGCUCCCGGAGCCGGCGGAGCGCAGGGCGCGGGCAGGCAGCAAAGCAAGAGCGGAAGAGAAGGAGAGGAGAGACGAAGGCUCUGAAUGGGGGGACGAAGAGAGGGAGAGGCGGUACCGAGAAAGAAAGCUGCGGUAUGGUGACAGUCAGGAAAAUCCUGUUCAGUACUGGCUUUACAAAGAAGGAGGCGAGCGGAGACACAGGAGGCAGAAAGAAGCAGAUCGAGAGCGGAGACAUCGAGAAAAAAGCAGCGUGAGGGAAAAAAGAGACAAGCACUCAAGAGAAAAAAGUAACUCGUUCUCUGACAAGGAAGGGGAAGACAGACACAGAGAGAAGCGUCACAGGGAAGGCGCUCGUCUCGACGAAGAGAGGCACCCCGGUGACACGGGUAGAAAAGAGAGGUCGUCAAGAGAGGAGCUGAUGAAAAGAGAGUCCAAGGACAGUGAGCGCAGAAAUCGGGGUGCAAGUUCAAGGAGAGAUCCAACCAGCAGCCAGGAAGGAUCAUGCGCUCUCUGGUAUGCAGAGAGUUUAGUAAGAAAUAAUGGAAAAGAUAAAGACUCAAGAAAGAAGAGCUGCCAAGAGGGCUCCGCGGUGUGGAAGCAGGCUCUGAGGCCAGGAAGUGCAGAAAUUGCGGAAAUUGAAAAGGAAGACACUGAUAUAGAAAAUGCUGGAACUGAUGAAUAUACACCUUGUUUGGAAGAUGAUUUUGAAGACUACGAAGAUGACUUUGAGGUUUGUGAUGGAGAUGACGAUGUCUCAAAUGAACUGGAACCAAAAGAGAAAAUCGAAGAGCUUCCUCUGGCUAGAAAAAAGGAGAUACAAGAAAUUCAGGAAGCCAUUAAUGCAGAAAAUGAAAGGAUUGGCGAGUUGUCCUGCAAACUGUCUCAGAAGCGAGGUCUGACGGAGGGUGAGAGGGAGGCAGAGACAGAUGCAAACAGUUCCCCUUCCAGAGCCCCUGUUUGUGGAAUUUUCAUGGAUUUUGCGACAGCCUCACGCCGACAGAAGAGUCGGACUCAGGCCCUUAAGCAAAAGGCACGUAGUACAAAACUGCUCCGGCUCAUUGACUUGGAUUUUUCACUCACUUUCUCUCUCUUGGACCUACCACCAGUAAAUGAGUAUGACAUGUAUAUCAGAAACUUCGGGAGAAAAAACACCAAGCAGGCAUAUGUUCAGUACAAUGAAGAUAAUGUUGACAGAGACACCCAGACCGAAGAGGUAGAGACCAAGGGAGUGUGGAGCCAGCACCCGGCAGAGGGCACGGCCGUGUCAGGGGGGAGUGUCAGUGGAGAUCCCUGUGACACCGGUGCCCCGAAGGUCAACACACCCAGGCUGUCCCGCUUCCUUCGGGCCGCUUGUCAGGUGAUUGCGGUUUUGCUGGAAGAGGACCGUAUGGCAGCGGAGCCCAGCUGGAGCCCCGCAGCACAGGACAGCGCCCUGCGUAUCAGUGACAGCGCCUCCCAGCUGAAUACCAGCCUGCCGUUCCUCCAGAAUCGGAAAGUGUCCUGCUUAUGUGCCUCUCAGGUGCAGAGGCAGACAGUGGUAUCUGUCCACGGGCCGCCUGGAGCAGCAUUUGAUCCCGCGCUGGAUGGCAGAUACGUGCUGUGUGUGUGGGAUAUCUGGCAGCCUUCAGGGCCGCAGAAGGUCCUGAUAUGUGAGUCAGAGGUCACGUGUUGCUGCUUUAGCCCUUUUAAAGCCUUUUUACUGUUUGCCGGAACAGUGCACGGCUCAGUCCUCGUGUGGGACCUACGAGAAGACUCCAGAAUACAUCACUAUGUGAAGCUGGGUGACUGCUUCUGGACGUUCAGGACAGCAACGUUUUCUACUGACGGCCUCCUGACUUCAGUAAACCACCGCGGUCCUGUUCAAGCCGUAGAACCCAUCUCCACGUCUGUCUACAAAAAACAGAGUUUUGUGCUUUCCCCCUUUUCUACCCAAGAAGAAAUGUCAGGUUUGUCGUUCCACAUUGCUUCCCUGGAGGAGAGUGGGGUUCUCAACGUUUGGGUGGUGGUUGAACUACCGAAGGCAGAUCUCGCAGGCUCACUAAGUGACUUAGGUUUAAUACCUGGAGGGAGGAUAAAAUUGGUGCACAGCGCCACGAUUCAGCUGAGCGACAGCCUUUCCCAUAAAGGCUAUGAAUUCUGGGGGGCCGCACAAACCCUCAGUGUGAAGUUUCUUCCUUCAGAUCCUGGUCACUUCAUUGUUGGCACAGACAUGGGUCUUAUAAGUCAUGGCACCAGACAGGACUUGAGAGUAUCUCCCAAAUUGUACAAACCCCAGCAAUGUGAGAUGAGACCAGUCAGAGUGCAUGUGAUGGAUUUUUCACCAUUUGGAGAACCAAUAUUCUUGGCUGGCUGUUCCGACGGAAGCAUCAGGCUGCAUCAGCUGACCAGCGAGCGCCCUCUCCUGCAGUGGGACGGUGGCACCGAUGGCCGUGCCAUCACGGGCCUGCGCUGGUCCUUGACCAGACCUGCCGUGUUUCUGGCCCAGGAUGACACUUCCUGCAUUUAUAUUUGGGACCUCCUGGAAAGCGAUUUGGGUCCUGUGGCUAAACAGCUGAUCUCUCCGGACAACUCUGCCCCACUCCAUGAUAUUAUGUCGGAGGAUGGAGAACCUCGCCAGCAUUUACUGUGUUACUGGCAAAGGAAGACUCCCACUGUUGGGAGAAGCCAUGGGAGAUGGAUGUGGAGAAUUCAUCUGCAGAAAUGAAGGUUUGGGGAAGGAGGGGAGCUGCCGCUCCCCGCCCUGCUGCCCUCCAGCCUGCUGGUCCCCGGAGUCACUUUCUUUCUUGAUUCCGGCCCGUUCCUCGUCUCCACUGCCUUGGAGACAUGUUGGUGCAUUUGGCAUCUAGUCUGGUGAAUAUGGUGAGUUCUCAAGUGUGGAAUUAAUGUUUUCCUUCAGGUCAUGGGCCUUUAAACCACAAGGCUCAUAUUCUUGGAAGACCAACAGAAGACAAACUCCGAAAGCGGUUUCAAAAUGGCCUAAAAAUGUCCCAGUGCUGUGUUCUCAAGUGUGGAAUUAAUGUUUUCCUUCAGGUCAUGGGCCUUUAAACCACAAGGCUCAUAUUCUUGGAAGACUAAUAAAAGACAAACUCUGAAAGCGGUUUCAAAAUGGCCUAAAAAUGUCCCAGUGCUAAGUAGUGAAAGCAGGUCACUUAAAGGAAAUCACCUUGUGGUUCUGUGGCUCCAUCUGGCCAUGAGCCCCCAGCUUGGAAGAUGCCUGAGGCAGGGUCACCAUCCAGUGACUUUAACUCCCCAACCGUUUUUCUCCAGUGUGAUCUCAAUCACAGUUUCAUCUCUGAAUCAGUCCAGGCCCUCGGUUUCCUUCAGCUGGGACCUGCCCAGGACAGCUAACCUGUAGUGGGGACUGGCCCAGGUCAGUAAUCUGCAGUGGGGACCUGCCCAGGUCAGCUAAUCUGCAGUGGGGACCUGCCCAGGUCAGCUAAUCUGCAGUUGGGACUUGCCCAGAUCAGCUAAUCUGGGGUGGAGACCUGCCCAGGUCAGUAAUCUGCAGUGGGGACCUGCCCAGGUCAGCUAAUCUGCAGUGGGGACCUGCCCAGGUCAACUAAUCUCAGUGGGGACCGGCCCAGUUCAGCUAAUCUGCAGUGGGGACCUGCCCAGGUCAGCUAAUCUGCAGUGGGGACCUGCCCAGGUCAGUAAUCUGCAGUGGGGACCUGCCCAGGUCAACUAAUCUCAGUGGGGACCGGCCCAGUUCAGCUAAUCUGCAGUGGGGACCUGCCCAGGUCAGCUAAUCUGCAGUGGGGACCUGCCCAGGUCAGUAAUCUGCAGUGGGGACCUGCCCAGGUCAGCUAAUCUGGGUGUGGACCUGCCCAGGUCAGCUAAUCUGCAGUGGGGACCUGCCCAGGUCAGCUAAUCUGGGUGUGGACCUGCCCAGGUCAGGUAAUCUGCAGUGGGGACCUGCCCAGGUCAGCUAAUCUGCAGUGGGGACCUGCCCAGGUCAGUAAUCUGCAGUGGGGACCUGCCCAGGUCAGCUAAUCUGCAGUGGGGACCUGCCCAGGUCAGCUAAUCUGCAGUGGGGACCUGCCCAGGUCAGCUAAUCUGCAGUGGGGACCUGCCCAGGUAGGCUAAUCUGCAGUGGGGACCUGCCCAGGUCAGCUAAUCUGCAGUGGGGACCUGCCCAGGUCAGUAAUCUGCAGUGGGGACCUGCCCAGGUCAGCUAAUCUCAGUGAGGAAGGGGUGAAGAUCUGUACUUUAUCUCCUCCCUCUUCUUCUUCCCUGGCUCUGGUUCUUCCAGGACCCAGGUUGGGAAACACGUGGGAAUUUCUGUUCACCAAGAUGUGCUCUCUCAGGUCCAUUGUCUGUCGGAUGCCCUAUUGUCACAGGAAGUGGGCUCAUUCUGUCUCUGUCCCUGUCUCUCCUUCAUGAACCCUCCUGGGCAGUGUCCCCUGAGCUGGCCACACACCCUCAACCCUCCCUUCUCCAGGCGGUCAGCCCACCCAGCAGAGGCCUUCCACGGAAGCUCUGGGUCACCUACAGUGGGCCUGGGGGAGGGCUUGGCUGGUGGCAGGUCACUGGGUCACCCUGGUCCCUUUCUUCCUCCAUUAGCCUGAAAGCAGCUAGAAAAAGCCUAAACAGGUGUUGGGCAUGAGCACUGGGUGUUGUAUGUAAGUGAUGAAUCACUAGGUUCUACUCCUGAAACCGAUACUACACGGUAGUGACAACAGACCUGAUUAUAGAGACAGAUGUUAAUGGACUUGCUUGCUAGAUACCCUCUGAUAAGGGCUAAGACCCGCGUCUCCCGCCGUGACCUGUCCUGCGCUGUGGUCCUGUAUGUCUCCAGGCUAACCACACGCCUCCCACAAGCCUCACUCCUGGUACAAGGAUUUCCCCCUUAGAGUAGAAGGGGUGCAGGGGAGGAACAGCCUGGCAAGGCGAUGUGUGGUCUGCAGGCUGGUCCCAGGUCCGGGCUCUUCUGGUUCCUCCCAGCUGGGGAACAGCUGUCCUGCAGAUGCUCAGGGCGAGGGUCCAGGGCUGUCUCUGCAGGACUGAGAGAUUUCAGAUGAGAAUUUUGUCUUCACUCCUUUAUGAGUGCUGGACCCUUGUUCUCUGGCCUCUCUGUGCACAGCGCUGCUGGGACCUCUCCUUCCCACCUGUGGGCCGUUUUAACGUGCCUUACCGACCCUCUUUAUCUCUGUGCUUUAAUCUGGUCGUGUAGUUCUUUACCGACUUGGCAGAUCCCUUUGUAUUUCCAUGGCUAGUUUCUGGACUUUUUGUGUGUCCAGCUGUUGCUUUUAACGGAAAUGCUCAUGCUUCUCUGUGGUUAUGUUAUCCUGGGGCACAGUUCAUCCAUUCUGUCUCCAGCCAGAAACAUCUCAGAAAAACAGGACCAUUUCCCUCUUUUUCUUCACACUAUAUUCAAAGAAUCAUCCAACCCUAUUUGAUUAGGCUCAAGUGUGAAGGCUGGAGAAGAGAGGUUUUUUUCCCUAUAAACUCUAAGCUUUUGCUCCAAACCACACAGAAAAGGCCUAAAUUAUACGUUUAACAGUGUUUCCCCGGAUGCCGUAGUCCUGACCCAGGCUUGUAUGUCCUGCAGCCCGGUGCGGCUGCAUCACACAGGCACGUGAGUGGCUCUCCUCCAUUCACGUCUGCAGCUAAACCACAAAAGCAGAGCUUAGCCCCCAAGUGUGGUGCAUGCAUAAUUGAUGGGCCUUAAAAUAAAUGGCAGGCCGGCUUUGUCCUAACAAACCAAGCAAUUUCUCCAGGAACAGGUUUGUUUAUGACAGACUGAGAUCCGCUGGAAUCGAUGAAAGGGAACCGUGGGCCAGGACCCGUGAGGCUCGCGCUGGAAUUCAGCUCCAGCAGCACGUCCGGGCCAAGUCAGAGUCCUUUCCUUGCAGAAUCUUGUCAUCACGGGCGCUCUGAGCCCUCAUGGAGGCCGCAUUACAUCAGGUCCCCGCUGCGAGUUGGCCAAGGGAACAGGUGUGGCCUGCCCACAGCAAGACCUGAGCAGUCAUCCACUGACUGAGCCACGGUGCCCACGGCCACUCCAGAGCCAGUCUUGCUCCGGGGAGCAGACAGUUGUGCACACGCAUGUGUGCGUGUGCACACGUGAAGUUCUGGGGUUUUCCAAAGUCCUUUGUCUCCUGCCCGUGGACAGAUGCUCCAGUGUGACCACUAAACUCUAGUUUUUAUGAGCAAGAUUCUCCUAGAUAAUCUGCCGUUGAGGACAUUCGCCAUCUAGACAGCUUUGGGGGAAAGCGACUGACCUUCUCUUCCAGUGUUCAACAACUGCUUUUCUCGUGUUUGAGCCCUGCUUGGUUCUGGUGACUUUCACGUCUCCUUUUGUGUAGAUUUACAGAGGUAGGCGUUGGUGUGCAGCUGUGUGUGCAUCAAGGCCGACUGUUGGGAAGGGCCCAGAGUUUGAGGUUCAUUAUGGAGCCUGACAAGAGCUUCUCACCAGGUGACCCACCGCGUUUCUUUCUGACAUCAGUGGACAACUGCUUCCCCGAAUGUGAGACGCAUCCGUUUCUACGUGGGAAAUGGCACCUGGGGUUUAGUGACAUCGCUAGUUUCGGCCUAUUUUCUGUCUUGUUCCAAUAUCCCGUUUCUCUGAAUGUGAAGGGCACGAGAUGGCAUUGAGCCAGCACAGGGGUAAGAGUGCGGUCUGCAGUCGGGCACAGCAGGGCCGCAGCCACGCUCUGCCCGAGUCUGGUGGGCAGCGUGGACAAGGCUUGAGCCUCCCCUGCUCCGUGUCGCCGUCUGUGACCGCGAUCCCUCGAGGAAUCGGGUGAUGAGCCACGUCCCUCACGGAAUGCAGGUCAAAUGAGAUAGCCCGUGAAGUGUUGAGCACACGAUAAUCACAAACUGAAUAAAUGUGAGGCUCGUUGCGCGUCAUUUCCGAAGAAGGGUUAGACACAUGAUUAACCCUGGCUACAUAUGGUCACUCAACUUGAAAAAAAUAAAGGAGCAAAUCUGUU